AGCGUUCCAUUGUUUAUUUUUCAUUCAUUAAUCUAUGACCGUUGUCUAUAUUAUCAAGUAUCAAUGUCAAUGUCAAUCACAGCUGGACUACAGACUACACAACAUAACUUUUGAUUAUUGACAGAUAAUGCAACUUCGCAACAUAGUGAGAAAGAAAAACUGAAAGUUAAAAACGCAACAGAGAAAAAGAUUAUAAAAGAUCAUAACCAAAAGUAGAAAACAUAAAACAAUUAGAGAGGAUCGUCAGGAGAAAGUAGACUUGAAAGACCUACUUCAACGACGUGAAAACUGUUGUCAUGUCAGAGGAUGUUCCUGCUUCAGGUGAAAGUUCAUGUUGUGUGUGAUAUGACAUUGAGAGAAAGUGUAGACUGGAAGAUGAAAUUCAGGUGAAUAGAGUCUCUUGUUACAAAAAAUAAACAUUCCUUUGAUUUACACAACAAUUUUAUAGUUUGAUUGAUUUAAAUAUAUUUGUUCUUCUAAUUAGCAAUUUACAAUGACUCUUAGGACAGAAGAAAAAAGUGUAAAAUUUGAAUUUGUGUUGAAGUCUCUUCUGGCAGGUGGUGUUGCAGGAAUGUUUUCCAAGACGACUGUGGCACCCUUGGAUAGAAUCAAGAUACUCUUGCAGGCUCACAGUACACAUUACAAACAUUUAGGAGUAUUUUCUGGGUUGAAAGAAAUCAUCAAACGUGAGAAGUUCUUUGCUCUGUACAAAGGAAAUGGAGCUCAGAUGGUCAGAAUAUUUCCAUACGCAGCUACUCAGUUUACUACCUUUGAGCUGUAUAAAAAGUGGAGCGCUGUGUUGCUGGGGCCCAACUCCCACAUCGGCAAGUUUCUAGCUGGAUCUAGCGCAGGUGUGACAGCAGUACUGUUCACGUAUCCUCUGGACACCAUCAGAGCCAGGCUGGCGUUCCAGGUCGCUGGUGAACAUGUCUACACAGGCAUCGUCCAUACAGGUCUCUGCAUGUACCAGCAGGAAGGUGGAUUUCGAGCAUUAUAUAGAGGAUUUGUUCCAACAAUCUGUGGCAUGAUUCCUUACGCUGGCUUCUCAUUUUAUUGUUUCGAGAUGAUGAAGUAUUGCUGUAUGAAGUAUGUACCACAGUACACUUGCUCUCCCUGCUCAAGGAAUACAGGAGGACUAGUGUUGUCGCUGCCAGCCAAGCUGCUGUGUGGGGGACUAGCUGGUGCUGUGGCUCAGAGCUUCUCUUACCCCAUGGAUGUCACACGUCGGCGCAUGCAGUUGGCUAUGAUGAGCCCUGAGACCCAGAAGUUUGCUCGGAUGGGCAUGGUGAAGACUUUGGUGCUGAUCUACAAAGAUAAUGGAAUGGUGAAAGGACUCUACAGAGGCAUGAGUAUCAACUACAUCAGAGCAAUACCGAUGGUGGCUGUUUCCUUCACAACGUAUGAACUUAUGAAGCAGGCUCUCCAACUCGACACCGGUAUGAAGAUUUGAACGGAAACCAGCUCGAUCGCGAUUCAGUAGUCAUUUUGACAAUGUACUUAUGUCCAUAGAUAAGUAACAGCAAGCUGGGGAAGAGCUAUGGGCCUUCACAUUUUUAGGGAACAGCAAGACAUUCCUGGAUAGAGGACUGGUAAAGGUAAAAUUUUAUAUAACACAAUAAACAGUGGUGUUUCACCAUUAAUAAUGGCUUUUUCAGA